ACCCGCCGCCACUUGUCCAAAGAGUCAGACACGAGGAGACCGUCAGGCAGGCAGGAUGGAGGUGGACAAGGGCGCUCGCUUCAGGAAGGUGGCCAACAUAGGGCGCGGCACCUUCGGGGAGGCGUGGCUGGUGGUGAGCACGUGUUCCCGGCGCAGGUACGUGAUGAAGGAGGUGCGACUGGAAGACCUACCUGCAGAAGAGGUGGAGAAGACGCGGCAGGAGGCGGAGGUGCUGGCCCGCUGCAAACACGCCAGUAUUGUGCGCUAUAAAGAGUGCUUUGUCAGGCCCACGCCCCUCACUAUGUGCCUCGUUAUGGAGUACGCCGGAGGAGGCGAUCUGUCCCAGCGGGUGAGCGAGGCCAGGCGGCGAGGACAGCAGCUGGCCGAGGACGUGGUGCUAGAUUGGUUUUCGCAAAUCAUCCUUGCUGUUCAGUACCUUCACUCCAACAACAUCCUGCACAGAGACCUCAAGACUCAAAACAUUUUCCUGACGGCGGAUAACCUGGUGAAGGUGGGAGACUUCGGCAUUGCCAGGCUGCUGCGGGACAGACAGGACCUGGCCACCACCACCAUCGGCACGCCCUUCUACCUGUCGCCGGAGAUCUGCCUCAGACGCCCAUACAACCACAAGAGUGACAUGUGGGCGGUAGGCUGCGUCCUCUAUGAGCUGUGCGCCCUCAGACAGCCCUUCCAAGACGCAUCCUUCGACCGCCUCGUGAUGAAGAUCCUGGAGGGAGAAUAUGAACCCUUGCCUGCGAGCUACACACCUCUGGUACACCACCUGACGAAGCUGCUGCUGAGGACGAUCCCUGAGAGACGCCCCUCCGCCGCUGCCCUGCUCACUACGCCCGGCCUGACGCCCUACGUGCAGGGGUACCUCAGCAGGUACGAGGUGUCCUUAGCAGAGAGGGGGACAGAGAGUAAGGAGUCCCCUGUACCCCCUGGUCCAUCAUCCCCCCUCAAACCCCAGGAGGUCAGGAUGCUGCAGGACCCCCCUCACCUGGCCAGGAUAAAGGACAGUGCGAGGACAAGACGUCAGCGAGGGAGUGUUGACCUGGGCAGCAUCCAGUCAGUACAGAGAGGCAAGGAGCGUGGACUGAAGCGUAACAGGAAGGGGGAGGAGAGAGAGCGUGCCUACUCAGACUCCACCCUGCCCACUUUCCCUCCUUCCCCGCUGACCCCCUCCCCUCCCCUCACUCCCAACCCUCGCUUCCCCAUCCCGCCAGCCCUCAGCGCCCUCCCUGUCCCCUCCACCUCCCUGAAUUGUGGUGCUGGGGAUAGUGGAGGGGGUUUUGCCAGUCCCCUCCCGUGUCUGCCAUGCAAGCGAGCGGACACCCCUUGGCCUAAAGUGAAGAAGAAUUUGUUGAGGUGAUGAAAGAGACAGUGUGUAAGUUUGUAUUGUGGAAAGCAAUAAAGAUGAGUGUUUUAUUGAGAUGGGAAGGACUUGGAAGUGAGGAGGUUUAAGGUGAGUUGAUAAUUAAGGUGAAAGAAAAUGAGGCUGGAAGUUUUAUGGAUUUGUAAGGGUUUGUUAAUGUGAAGAUCGGUUUGUUAGUGAUGUGAAAAAAGGUUGAGGUGAAAGUAAAGAUUAAAAAGAAAGGCGAAAUAAAAAACAAGAAAAAAAAUGAGAGUUUAAGGUGAUAAAAGUAAAUACAUAAAGGUUUAUUUAAGGUGGAAGGAAUUAAGCUGAGUACGAAAAUGAGAAUGUAAAAGGUGAAAGAAAAGGUUGAGGUGAAAAAAGGUGAAAGAAAAGGUUGAGGUGACGAGUUUAUUAAGGCGAAAACAAACGUUAAGGUGAAAAGAAUUACGAUUAAAUAGGAGUUUAUUAAACGUGAAAGUUUGUGAAGGUGAAAGUUUCAAGGUAAAAGUUUGAAGAUGAGAGAGAGAGAAAUGUGGAUAAUGAUGAUGGAAGUAGAUUGUUACGUAAAAGUUUAACCUGACAAGGGAUUAAAGUGAAAAGUGAGUGAAAGUGCAAAAGUUUAUCAAGACAAAGGGAGCUGGUGAUAGACUGUAAUGAUAAGAGGUGAUAAGAGUUGAUAAAAGAGAUGAAGCUGGAAAAGAAAGCUUCAAACACUUAACGAGGGUGAGAAAAAAAUAAAGUAAAAUAACCAAUGAAGGUGAAAAGUUGAAAAUGAAGAGGAAAGUCAAAAAAAGAUUAUUUUAGUGGAAACUCGUGCGGAAAUGACAAUAUAACAACAAAUGUAUGUAAUGUGAUGGUUUUUGUAAUUCACUUUUUAAAAUUGCGACUGACUUUUUAUUUUUUUUUUUUUCGUAGUCUUUAAAAAAAAUUCCAUUUUUACUUAACUUUUUCCCUCCUUUUCCUCUCCUCCUCUUCCUCAUCAGCAUCAUCGUUCUGCUCUUUUUUUUUUUCCUCGUACUGCUAUUUUUCCUUCUGUUCUUCGUUCAAUUUCGUCCCUCCUCCUCCUCCACCUCCUCCAGCUUCUUCCCUUCCCUUUUUUCCUACAACUUUCCCUGUUCUAUUCCUUUUCCUAUUUCUUUUCCAUUUUCAUUCAUUCGUUUCUUACUCGUUUUUUUUUUCCUUAUUUCUCGUUUUUUCUUUUUUUUCUUCUCUGUAUUUCUCCUUCUCUUCUCCUCCUCCUCUACCAUCGACUAUUCCCUGACAGCACUGAUGAUGGAUGUAUUUGUAUCUCGUUCCUGUUGACUUCCUUUUAUAAGCCAUGGCAAGGUUGGGAAUUGUAUCUAUGUAUGUAAAACUUUUAUAACUGUCCCAAGCCACAACGAUAUUAGUAUUUUUAAUGUGAGAUGUGAUAAUUAAACGUUUCUUUCCUGUAAUUAA